UUUGUUAGGAAUAUACAAAAUGAUAAGACCUAUCUUCAAAAAUAUUGAGCACAUAGAUCGUCUCAGACCCAUCAUCAAGGUUGAGUACCAAGAACUAUUGCCAUGACGCAUUAAAUGCAUUUAGCAAGGAAGUGGGGACUUAGUCGGUUUAAUGUUAGUCAGUGUCACACUAACCACUGACAGGUCAAUAGUUGGGUGGAGCGUUUCUCAGCGUAGUUGGAAACAGACGUCGUCGCAUUACGAAUGUCUCGACAAAUUUUUUUCUGGCCGCGAUUAUAAACCUGCGCGUCUAAACUGACCGAAGUGUGCUACAAAGUGUGAUUUAAAAAUGGCUGAAGGGACCAGUUCUGCACCCAGUUUCUUCACGAGAAUGAAGGGACAUCUCAAGGAAGCACCGUUCUUUUGCAAAAUCAUUGAAUUGGUUUUCUGUGUUAUUGCAGCGGGAUUAGUGGCGGGGCCGUUUCAACAAAAUCAGAUUCGACCAACUGAUAUACAUCACAUAGCGAUAUUUCAUGUGGCAGUGUGCGGUUAUAUUCUUAUAAAUGUGAUUCUUAUAAUGAGCCAUUUCUUGGGCGAAAAAUUGCCGAAAAAAACGGCUCUCAUGUUCUCGACGAUGGGGGCGAUUCUUUGUUGCACCGCCGGCCUGAUUCUGAUUCGUGACUGGGACAAUUUCUCGAGUAACCUGAUUCACGCGUAUCUGCAGGAAUACAGCGAUCAAACGGUAGCGGCCGGUUCUUUCGCGAUCUUGGCAGCUCUAGUAUUCGCCGUAGACACGUACUUCACUAAUAAGAAUGACUGAUCACGUAUAAAUCUCGAUCAUCGUUAUUAUAAAAAGACGGAAUUAACUGGUUUAUUGCUACCACUCAUUUCAUCCAAAGCUAUUAUUGUCCACAAAUUGUCUUUUUUCGAAAUAUUCUAAUGUAAUUUUCACGAUUUUCGUGAAAAAUUCUUAGCUUUUUGAGUGUCUAGUGUACUAUUAAUUGUCUUUAUGAAACUAUCUGACUCUUCGUUACAUAUCACACACACACACGCGCACGCACGCACGCACGCACGCACGCACGCACACACACACACACACACACACACACACACACACACACACACAAAUAAUUGCUUUAAUAAGAUUAUUUAAUUCUUCUUAGCAGAUAUGCAUUGCAAGUGGUAAUUGUCUAGUUUUUCUCGUUUCCUACUUCGAUUAAAAACAUACAAUAGCGUUAUACAUAUUGAUAUAUAGUACACAUUGGAAAUAAUAUAUGUGUAAUCAUAAAUUUUAGUAUAUUGCUACUGAAAGAUAGUAACAAUAUACAUUUAAAUUUGAGAUCUAAAACGGAAAAUAUACAAUCGUUUUAUAUUAACAUAAUUAUAAUCAAUGUAUAUUGUAUUACAUAUUAUACUAUAUGUAAUUGUAACUGAUAAUCAAAUUCAAUUAUGAUUGAAAUCAGUCCCAACACAAAGCAAAACCGCGGAAGAUCUGAAAACUGAUAUAAAAAGAUGGUAAAGAUAAAAUAUUUUCUUAGCCACUAUCUGAUUCUACUAUAAAUCCUUACAAGGUGUCUAUAAAGUUUGUCUCCAUUCCCUAUAUUUUGAACAUGAUUAUGGAAAUUACAAAAAAUAUACGACAUACGUUUAAGGGACUGUUUAAGGGGAAAGAGGAACUUUAUUACCUUCGCGAAAACGAUCAUAAGAUCAUUUUAGAGUUAAAAUGUCAAAUUUCUUUGUAACAAACAAUAUUUGUAAUUGCUUCUUAUUAGAAAGCAUAUUAUUUUAUUACACAUAUUUUAUGAAAUGCUUGUAAUGAAUAAUUAGUGCAACACUAUUUUAUGCUAUUUUCUCACGUACUUGUAGUUUAGAUAUUUAUUAAUUUUGUUGCCUAUAGCUAAUUUUUCCUUUUUUCACACAUAGCAUUAAAUUUUCGUUAUUCGGAGACAUAUUCUAAGCAAACGUAAAAUAUUUGCACGUAAUAUUAAUUUUUAAUAUAAUAUCGAAGAAGAACAUUGAAAAUCAAUUGUUAUCAAUGUUGGAUUGAAAAAAAUUCCUAUACCUACAUUCGACAAAUCGUUUGUGUCGCAAAUUUAAACCGUGGUUGAAAAUCGAAAUAGAGACAUGUCCCAUGACAUAGACAGAUCAGAAAAAAAGAUAUGAUAACGAAGAUAUCGCUAUCGAAGCUUUAUAAAAAGCAACAACUUUUUUAUCAUAAGUAAGGGAGAAAACUCAGAUUUCGAAACAAAAUAUAAUUUUCUUUGCAAAUUAGCUGCAUAAAAAAUAAUUUUGUAAGAUAAAAUUUAUGAUACUUAAAGAUUACAUUUCUAUUAUAUACCAUUAAUUUUUAUUAUUAUACUUUACGCAAACAGAAAUCUAAGUUCUCGCAGCGAUAUAAAAAAAGUAUGCCAAAUAUUAAUUCAUUUAUACGCACAAUCGCUUUUAAAACCUUUUAAACAAUGCUCUCCAAAAUUUACAGCAACAAUGCACUCUUAAAAACUUUAUUCUCCCCCUACGCAAAGAUAAUAAAAAAAGAUUCCAUUCUCUAAACACCUUAAAAUGUGGCGAGCAAAGCAAAAUUGACCAAGUUUCCAAGGAGCUUUUUCCGGAGACGAGGACACUUUCCAAGCUCCGCAAAAGCUAAAUCUUGGAAAAAAUCUACAUGAAUGUGCUUUUUACUUUCUAACGGUGAAUUGCAGUGAAAAGUUUCAUUUGCCUCAUUGCCACAAAAAAGUCGUGAUUUGGCUUUUCCUGUCUGCUCGUCGAAACCCAAAAAAUCAUUCCAUGAGGAAUGCAGUCUUUCCCUUUCAAGUAUAGUUAGACUUUCACGUAUUUUCUUCGCGCACAAGAGAGUAUAACAAAUUCGAAAAAUUCCGUUUAGCGCUUAGCCGAAAAGUGCAAAGAAAACGAGUUUAUCCGUCGACUAUUUUGCCAGGAAAAGUUCAAUAAAAGAAAUUUUGUUCCAUAAUGCAAGGUGGAAAGAAAAGUUCAAGAAUGCACGCAAAUCAAUCAUUUAUUUUUUAUCUUGUCUAUAUCAGUGAUGGAAAGAAAAUUUUUUAACCAGUAAAUGUAUGAUAUAUUUAAAAUCGAUGCUACAUGUAUACUUCGAAAGUUUUUCCAGAUUUUUAUCCAUACUGCCUUCGUAUGUAAAUAUUUUACAUUUUCAAUACAUAUUUGUAUAGUUUUGAGCAAAAGUAUUAUAUUAGCACAAUUACUCAAUUCUUAGUUUCGUUCUUCUAAAUAAAAUUUUAUCUGUACAAAGAUUUUUUUGUAAUCAAUAAUGUUAAAAUACAAUCGUUAUUUAUUUGAAACAAG